UAUUUUUUAUCUCUCUCAGGCGCGCGAAUCGCGAACGCUUGAUCUGUUUCGUACAACAAUCCCUUUGUUACAAGCUUUUUUAUGACAUUUUCCCCUGUCGGAUUCUGCUCUCUGUACCUUUGAUUAUGGCGGAUUCGAGUGCUGAACCGGCCGGUGCUUCUUCAGGCUCCGUGGGUUCUGAUGAGAGCAGUACCCAGAUUCAGCCGAUCCGGAUGCCAACCAUCGAGGAGAUCCGAGCCCAAGAGAUUUGGAACAACUGCGCCGUUAAAAGUGUAGCUAGUGGAGUCAUGGGAGGAGGGCUUGGGCUAAUGAUGGGUUUGUUCUUGGGAGCACUGGAUAAUCCUAUAAUGCACGAUACGAUGACUGCUAGGCAGCAGUUUGUGUUCACAGCAAAACAAAUGGGGCAAAGGAGUUGGAAUUCUUGCAAGACAUUUGCGGUUAUGGGUUUGGUUUUCUCAGCAGCUGAAUGCAUUGUCGAGAAGGCAAGAGCGAAGCAUGAUACAACAAACACCGCUAUUGCUGGAUGUGUGACCGGUGGUUCUAUGUCUGCCCGAGGUGGGCCAAAAGCUGCGUGUAUAGGUUGCGCUGGCUUUGCAACUUUCUCUGUACUGAUAGAGAAGUUCUUCGAUAGGCAUACAUAAACCAGUAAGGUCACAAAUGCCAUUGCUGGGGAAUUUUUAGCUGCUUCCUUCUGUGAUAGUGAUACAGUAUAUCACCUGAGCACUGGGAGAGAGUAACUAGAGUUACAUUUUAUAAACAGAGAAGAAAGUGAGGCUUGUUUUGAUUGAUCAUUGUUCAAAUUAUUCUCAUUAUUUAUACUAGAUUUCAUUACACUCAGGCUCCGAUAUCAAAGUGUUCCUCAGAAAUAUAGGGCUUGUCCUUACACAGAGUUCCAAAUUUCGGAGUUUGAAGUUCUUGUUGUCCUUUAUGUACAAAACUGCCGUAUUAAUCUGUUUAAUGUUCACUCUUUUUACUACCA